UCAUUUUACUUAAAUGUCAAAAGAUAUUAAUUAUAUUUUAUUUUAUACUUUGAAGUUUAUAUAUGUCACCUUUUUCUAACCCCCCCCCCCCACCCCACGCUGCAUCUCUUAUAAUAUGAAUUUAUAUUUACUCACAUAUCCAAUCGAGAGCGGCUUAUAAGAAAGUUCUGGAAGGAAACUGGAAGAUUCAUCAAAGGUUCUCCUAAUCCGCUGACCACAAAGAGGAUUUAAACAAGGGGAUUAACAAUAAAGACCGCUGUCCCGAUGCUUAGAAUAAAUACAAGGAGCGAAACAAAGUAAUUAGUUGCCCCAGUUUUUCAAAUAACCCUCAACAUAUGCAAAAAAAACUGAACAUCCAUCCCUCGGUUUCUGCAAAACCACGCUCAACUGGUGCAAUCAAUCACCCGCUGUCAGCUGCUGUCGUAACUUCAAUGUGCAACUAAUCAGCUAAAUAAAUUCACAGCUUUUCACAAUUGCACACUGAAAAGUUAUUUUGUGAUAGAUUCGAAUGCUUGUUUAUAGACAGAUGAAAUAAUAAAAUUUUUAUAAAAAGUAAUUAUGAUAGUUGGACAUCUAAAACAACCCAUAAAUAAAAAUCAUAAAGAAAUGGGUGAAGCCAAAAACAUAAUAGAUAGGGUCGGUCUCGUUCAUAAUAGUGAAAUAAAUCAAAACGAAGGAUCGUCGAUCCAUCACGAAGGCCUGCUGACGCUCGCCGCAAAUAUUGCGAGUUUAUUAUGGAUUACGGAAAAUAUACGAGCCAUAGUUGACACCUUAGAAUGCUACAUGGACGAUUUGGUCGAAUGUUUUGAAGAUUUUGUAAAAAAAUCCCUUUUUGUGAUAUCCUUUGGAAUUGGUUUAAUAAUCGCUUUGCUUGCUUAUAUAUUAAAAAUAGUCCAAGACCGUCCACCUACACCACAUAUUAUCGCAGAAGCGGCAGUCAACGCUCAAUAUGAGAUAAGAAAUAUGGAACAAAAAAAUGAUCAAAGUAACGGAUUGUUUAAUAAAUUUUCUCAAAAGGCUAGCCAAAAGGAUAUUUUAAACCCUAACGAAAGCCGUGUUCAGACAACAACAGCUGUUAACACUAUUCCAAGACUUCAACCUAUGCCAAGCUACGAUGAACAAGUUUUAAGGGAAAUUGGUUUUUCUUCAUGCUCCAAAUCUGGCUGUAGGAGACGAUUUGGUAAUAACAACGAUAUUCCUUCCCGAGUCCCGGUACCAAGUUUUCCAUCACCUACAAAGUACAGGUCGAUUCACUCAUUACUUUUAAGUAAACAUAAUAUAUCAUCUUCCCAAUUAUGUUCGAAAACAAAAUGAGGUUCCUCCUGUUCGAUUCGUAGCAAAAACGACCGCGAUGUACAGACACAUUGAUAAAAUCAUUGAUAACAAAUUUGUAUUAAAUAGAAUCGAUGUUGUGUUUGAUCUUCAAAUUGUAAGGUUUUGUA